GUGAAUAGAAAUUUUUGUUGUUUUCCUUGUUUUGUUUCCUCUGUCUCUUUAGAAACUGUUUGGACUCCCACCCAAGGAAUAAAACGAAGGGACUUCCUGCGUGCCAACAGUGAGAAAGCGUUGACACUGUGUGACAACUCUCAGAAAGAUCUUGUUCUGUCAGGAGAGUUACAGCUGCAGGCCAUCACUCUGCAAGGGGGAUAUUGCCACCGCAAAGUGAACUUUAAAAUGUCCCGGUACAUCCCUUUCUCCGUCCCUCCUGGUGACUCUCCUGGUCUGAUUGUCGUCCUGUCUAUCAACAACAACCUGUACAUGUCUUGCCGCAUGGAAGAUAAUAAAGUUGUGCUGUUUCUGGAGCAAUACCAUGAUGACAUUUUAACCGACAGAGACAUGGACCGAUUUCUCUUCUACAGGAAAACCACUGGAAUUUCUCUAACCACUUUUGAGUCUGUCAAGUUCCGCGGCUGGUACAUCAGCACUUCACAACAGGAAAACCAGCCCGUUGAACUGUGUAAGGUGGAUGCUGCUAACCGCCUUACAAGCUUCAGAGUAAACUAAAAGAUGUUGUAGCACCCACGCAUCUGUAUAAUUUUUGACAUAAUCACUAGAUGAAGCAAUUUUAUAUAGUAAUGCCUGAGUCUGUAGUGGCAGUGUUCUGUACUUAUUGAAGUAGAAAAGCUUAUGACCUAGUGUAACCUAUCAAAAGCACUAUUACUUUAUAAUACAUUUACUUACAACAUACUUAAAAAUAAACAAAGAAAAAAAAUUGGAAAACACAUGCCUUCUUUGUUGGAGAAAAUUGUAACUAGGGAUGGGUACCGGUGUCCGGUGCCAUGAU